AUGGACAACAUCUUCCCAUCCCCCUACACGCUCUCCGACGGCAUCAAGUGGGUCAACUACAACCUCUCCCUCUCACCGCCGCUGAACUUCGUCAUCGCGGACCCCACCACCUCCCUCGCGAUCGGUGGCAUCGGGCUCAAGCCCGGCACGGACGUGCACGAGCGCAGCGUCGAGGUCGGGUACUGGCUCGGUGAGGAGUUGUGGGGAAGGGGUGUUGCGACCGAGGCGCUGGUGGGGUUUGUGGGGUGGGUUUUGGGGGAGCGGGAGUGGGAGAGGGUGAUUAGGGUACAUGCGGGUGUGUAUGGGGGGAAUGUCGCGAGUGGACGGGUGUUGAGGAAGGCGGGGUUCAGGCUUGAGGGAUGCUUGAGGCGGCAUGUUUGGAAGGAGGGGAGGCUGUUGGAUUUGGAGGUUUAUGCGGUGUUGAGGGAGGAGUGGGAGGGGCGGGAGAGGGAGAGGGCGGCAGAGGAAGGACCGUCCGCUGGGGAGAUGUCGAUAUGA